AUGGCUCCAAAUUUAUCUGAUAAGAAGGAGAGGCUUCUUCCAGUGAAGGGGAGUGAUAUUGUUGGUGUGCAACAAGAACAAGAACAAUCUAGGAUGAUGAGUUUUAAGAAGAAAGUGAAACGUGUUGCUAACAUGGCGUAUGAAAUGGGUCGUUCUGAUCCGAGGAAGAUUAUUUUUGCUGCUAAAAUGGCUCUUGCUUUGACUCUUAUAUCACUUUUGAUUUUUCUUAAAGAACCCUUUAAGGAUAUGACUCGUCACUCUGUUUGGGCUAUUCUAACCGUUGUCGUCGUAUUUGAAUUCAGUAUAGGGGCGACAUUGAGCAAGGGGUUUAACAGAGGGUUAGGGACGUUAUCGGCCGGAGGACUUGCGGUAGGAAUGGGAGAGUUAUCGGCAUUGGCCGGUGAUUGGGAAGAAGUUAUAGUUAUUGUUAAUACUUUUGUUGUUGGAUUUUGUGCUACCUAUGCAAAGCUUUAUCCAACUUUGAAGCCUUAUGAGUAUGGUUUCCGCGUGUUCUUGAUUACUUAUUGCUACAUUACGGUAUCGGGUUAUCACACGGGUGAAUUUCUUGAUACAUCUAUAAGUAGAUUUUUGCUCAUUGCACUUGGUGCUGCUGUAUCCUUGGGAAUCAAUGUCUGCAUAUAUCCUAUCUGGGCUGGUGAGGAUCUGCAUAAUCUUGUGACCCAGAAUUUCAUGGGUGUUGCAACUUCUUUGGAAGGGGUUGUGAAUCACUAUCUUAAUUGUGUUGAAUACAAGAAAAUUCCAUCCAAAAUUCUAACAUAUCAAGCUGCUGCUGAGGAUCCAAUUUAUAGUGGCUACAGAUCAGCUGUUGAAUCUACAAGUAACGAGGACUCAUUGUUGGGAUUUGCUGUGUGGGAACCACCUCAUGGUCGAUACAAAAGUUUUAAUUAUCCAUGGAAGAAUUAUGUCAAAGUAAGUGGAGCUCUUAGACAUUGUGCUUUUAUGGUCAUGGCCAUGCAUGGAUGCAUACUUUCCGAAAUUCAGGCUCCAGCUGAGAAGAGACAGGUUUUCCGCAAUGAGCUUAAGAGGGUAGGUUCCGAAGGAGCAAAAGUGUUGCGCGAACUUGGAAACAAAGUCAAGAAGAUGGAGAAACUAGGCAGGGGAGAUUUGUUGUACGAAGUACACGAAGCUGCCGAAGAAUUGCAACAAAAGAUUGAUAAAAAAUCUUACCUCCUAGUAAACUCAGAGCUUUGGGAAAUUGGAAGUCGUCCCAAAGAAGAAACCGAUAACAGUAAUUCUAAGGGCCUCUUUGACAUGGAACAAGAUAGAAAAUUUCGAGAGUACAAGUCUCUAAGUGAAGCUGUACUUGAUCUUAGAUCGAUUGAAGUUCAAAACAGUUGGGAUGGAAAAACUACCGAUAAUAAUAAUUUUUCAGCCGUGCCUGCUUCUAUUGCCAAUGAAAACACGUCUAUGAAACCGCCACAGACUUGGCCUGCUCAUGUUUACUAUAAACCAGAUGCGAAGGCGAAAGUCGAAGAAUCGAAAACUUUAGAAAGUGCUAGUUCGUUGUCUCUAGCGACGUUUACGUCGCUUCUAAUUGAGUUUGUAGCAAGGCUUCAAAACUUGGUGGAUUCAUUUGAAGAAUUGGGUGAGAAAGCUAACUUUAAGGACCCUCUUGAACCGGUUGUGGUGACCUCUGCUGGAUUUUGGACCAGAUUGUUCAACUGCUUCAGAUCAUAG